GCUAAACUAUCCUUUUUUCUGUUAUUAUUCACCGUAUAAAGUAUGGAUACCAGGAGUAGAACAGAUGUAUCUGUUUUUGGACUGCAAGUAUUUCUAUUAUAUUUGUACACUAUUGGUCAUAACGUUGCAGAGCAAGAAGUUGAAAAUCUUUCAGGGCUUUCCAGUAAUCCUGAGAAAAAUAUUUUUGCCAUUCGAGAAAACGGAACAACAUGUCUAAUGGCUGAAUUCUCAGCUAAAAUACUUGUACCUUAUGAAGUACCUGCUAGUAAUGAUGUGGAUUGGAAUGCAGAGGAGGCAAUCAUACAGCUACCAAGAGAAACUGAAAUAAAAGGGAGAUGCUGGAAUAAUGAAUCUGAGUUGCAUUUGUCUUGGUUAGACAAAGCUUACACCCUCAAAUUGUUUUUCUUGAAGGAAGGACAGGAUUCAACCAAAUCCAGUGGACUGAAAUGGAAAAUGAAUAAGAUCCAGUUUUUCUAUGACCUUUCAGAGCGCACGUACUUCAAAAAUGGAGCACGACCUGGAAAACACACAUCUAGUAGACACCAUCUUUCUCUCAUGGCCACACCGAUUGGCAUGUCAUAUGAAUGUGAAGCCACAGAAAAAAUCUCUCUUACCUCCAGUGACCACCAGAAAACGGUGGUCUUAAUCCUCUCAGAAGCGCACAUCCAGCCCUUUGAUAUUAAGAGCGACUUUGUCUAUAGCGAAGAAUACAAAUGUGCAACAGAUCAAAGAAAACAGCUAGAAGAUGCUUUGCCAUUAAUUCUUGGUCUGACGUUGGGAGUAAUCAUUGUGAUCAUUGUAGUGGUGUACCACAUCCAUCAAAAGAUGACAGUCAACCAAGUGCAGAUUCCUCAAGACAGAUCCCUUUACAAGCACAUGGGAUAAACAAAGACUAAAUAAAAAAAUAAAAAAAAAGCACAUUAAUCAUCAGGUAGAUAAAGCAACAGCACUUUUCC